AAACUGGUCCUUAUUCGUUGCUCAUCAUCACAAAUCAAAUAUUAGAAUAUUUCUUUAUUCCUCUCACAUAUCUUCAUCUUCAAGCCCCAAAUUUGUGGUAGAAACCCUAGAAAUUUCUGAGAUUUUAGCGCAGAUUAUGAUAUUGAAGUCAUUCAAAGUGCUCCCUCUUUGUCUGUAGCUGCUACAAUUUGAAGUACAAAGACAGAGAAGUAGGAAUGGCUGAUGUGCAAGAGAGAUGGUGUGUGGUGACUGGAGGAAGAGGCUUCGCUGCUCGGCAUUUGGUGGAAAUGCUGAUCCGAUACGAAAUGUUUCAAGUUCGAAUUGCAGAUUUAGGUCCAGCCAUUAAGCUGGAGCCUGAUGAGGAGGAAGGCACAGUUGGAAAAGCUAUGCGAUCAGGCCGUGCUAAGUAUGUAUCCAUGGAUCUUCGUGACAAGUCCCAAGUACUCAAAGCGUGUGAAGGAGCUGAGGUUGUCUUCCACAUGGCUGCGCCAGAUUCAUCCGUCAACAACCACCAGCUUCAUCAUUCUGUUAAUGUGCUAGGAACCAAGAAUAUCAUUGAUGCUUGUGUUGAGCUAAAAGUGAAGAGACUUAUUUAUACCAGCUCCCCCAGUGUGGUGUUUGAUGGAGUUCAUGGUAUUAUCAAUGGGGAUGAAUCAUUACCAUAUCCUUCGAAGCAUAAUGAUUCCUAUUCUGCAACUAAAGCUGAAGGAGAGGCACUAGUUAUCAAGUCAAAUGAUACUAAAGGGCUCCUGACCUGCUGCAUUAGGCCUAGCAGUAUUUUUGGCCCUGGCGACAGGUUGUUGGUUCCAUCACUAGUUGCAGCUGCAAGGGCUGGAAAAUCUAAGUUCAUUAUUGGUGAUGGCAACAACAUGUAUGAUUUCACAUACGUAGAGAAUGUCGCACAUGCUCAUGUAUGUGCCGAACGAGCUCUUGCAUCAGGGGGUGCUGUUGCAGAAAAAGCGUCUGGUCAGGCUUAUUUUGUCACAAAUAUGGAGCCAAUAAAGUUUUGGGAGUUUGUUGCACUUAUUCUUGAAGGUCUUGGUUACGAAAGGCCAAGAAUUAAAAUUCCUGCUUCUGUUAUGAUGCCAAUUGCACAUUUGGUGGAGUUAACUUAUAAGCUGUUGGCGGCAUAUGGAAUGAAGGUCCCACAGUUGACCCCGUCAAGAAUCAGACUCCUAUCUCGUAGCAGAACAUUUAGUUGUUCGAAAGCAAAUGAUCGCCUUGGCUACACACCAAUUGUCCCACUUCAGGAGGGCCUACGGAGGACAAUUGAAUCAUAUCCGCAGUUGAGAGCUGAACAGCGGCUAAAAAAGGAAGGCCCCUCUAAAGCUUCUCUAUUUCUCGGAAGUGGGAGAGUUGCUGACACACUUCUUUGGAGGAAUAAGAAACAGACACUAACGGCAGCAUUAGUUCUAGCUGCAAUUUAUUUCAAUUUCAUAGCUUCUGGCUUCACCAUAAUAACCUCUAUAUCAACAAUUCUGUUGGUGGCAUCGGUUUUCUUGUUCAUCCAUGGGAGACUGCCUCAGAGAAUAAUGGGUUAUAAGUUUGACAAAGUCCCUGUAUCAUGCUUCCAUGUAUCGGAAGAGACAUCGCACCAAGUUGCUCUGUCAGUGGUCUCAGGGUGGAAUUCUGCAGUGAAGGGUUUAAAAUCUCUUUGUAAAGGGGCUGAUUGCAUGUUCUUCCUUAAGGUGGCUCUCUCUCUAUUGAUUCUAAGUAUCCUUGGAACAAUUUCUCUGCAGAGUUUGUUUGCCAUAGGAAUCCCAGGUUCCUUUACUUUGUUUUUCAUAUAUGAAAAAAAAGAGGAAGAAAUAGAUCAUGUACUUCAAGAUAUUGUCUCAUUUACAUGGAAAUUGAAGUCUGAUAUUUCUGGGAAAAUUUUCAGCUCUGCAAAAGACCAAUAAUAGACAGCAAAUUACCUGAUCAAACUUCUUCCUUAUCUUGAGAAGCUUUCUUAAGCAGGUUGUUGAAGUUGAAGGACUUCACCUUAUCCUUGUGUGUAACAUAUUCAUGGGAACCUUGCCGAAAGCCAUAUUUCUGUCUGAUCUGAUAUCAGGCUGCUGUGUGUCAAGGCAUUGUCUUUUGUUUGCUCUUCUCAUUUCUCUCCGCUUCCCCUCUUUUGCCAAUAUUACUAGAGUACAUUUGGCUCUCGCUGCACUGGUGUGAAUGGUUUUGUUCUGGUCCUAUAUUUGUUGGGGCAGAGGUGGAGGUAGAAACAAAUUUUUGUGUCUAUUGUGAUGUGUAAUUUUGCUGCUCCUGAAGAAUGUGGUUGCUUUUGUGUAAGGGCAGCUUUCCUCUAAUUUUACUUCAAAGUUAUAAAAAAUAAAUCCAGCAUCUUAAAUGUUUUCUUCUUUCAUGGUCUGCGUGCAUAGAAGCUUGCAGAGCUAUUAUUUGUUAUCUAUAAUUUUUUUUGAAUCUAUAACAAUUGUAGAAAGGUUGAUCAUGA